AUGCGCUUCACAGGCUCCAGGGUCGGCCUUCCGUUCGCAAGCAACGCGAUUAUGCUGCUCCUGGCUCGCUGGUGGCUGCAGCCCGCCGGGCCCGCGGCCCCAGGCGCGCCCGCGGCGGCUGCGCAGGCGGCCGCGCUUUUCCCGCCGUUCGAGGCGGGCCCGCUCUCGGCGCCAGGUGAGGCCGCCUUGAUCCCGGCGCCGCUGGCUGACUGCCUGGCGGCCGCCCUGGACGCGAGGGAGGCAGCGCCCGCCUGCCCCUCGCCUUGCCCGCCCUGCCCCUCCAGCGAGGCGGGCAGCGGGCCUCGGCCGUCCCUGGCCUGGGAGGCGGCGUUGUGCGGCCUGCUGCUGCUGGCCUCCGAGCUCCUGCGCUGGGGGCUCUCGCCCGCAUCCCUUGCCGAGGCCGCGCCAGCGCAUUUGCGGGCUGGGCCGCUUCGCAUGAUCUCGGUGGGCGAUGCGAUUUGGGUGGAGUACGACGAGCCGGGGCCUCGCCUGGCGCACAAGCGCAUGGUGGUUGCGCUCUCGUCUCGCGGGCUGGAGCACUACGCUGUCUUCGCGCCCGACUUUGACGUGUACGUCGAGGAGUGCGAUGCAGGGAACGCGGACAUCC